CGCGCUCCCGCGGCCCCGCUAGCGGCCGGGGCCGAGGCCGAGGCUCGGGGUCAGGGACGGAUGGCGGCGGGAGUUGUUUUGUAGGUUUCCUGGGCGCGGAGUUGGCCGAGCUGUGUAGCCCUGCCCUUCCCCUGAGAGCUCUGCGGUUCUCGUGAGACCAUGAAGCUGAACAAGAGGAGUGUGGCCCACUACGCGCGCAGCGACGCCCCGGCGGAUCACACCGGCUUCCUGCGCACGUGGGGGGGUCCAGGAACCCCACCCACUCCCAGUGGCACUGGCCGAAGAUGCUGGUUUGUCCUCAAGGGCAACUUGCUCUUCUCCUUUGAGAGCCCCGACGGCCGGGCCCCGCUCAGCCUGGUGGUGCUGGAGGGCUGCACCGUGGAGUUGGCGGAGGCGCCCGUGCCUGAGGAGUUUGCCUUUGCCAUCCGCUUUGAUGCCCCUGGAGUGCGCCCACACCUGCUGGCAGCGGACGGGCAGGCGGCCCAAGAGGCCUGGGUGAAGGCCCUGUCCCGGGCCAGCUUCGGCUACAUGCGUCUGGUGGUACGAGAGCUGGAGAGCCAGCUGCAGGAUGCCCGCCAGAGCCUGGCCUUGCAGCGCUCCUCACCCUGGAAGGUCACCGCCACUCACCGAAAGCCACAGGCUCCGGACCGCUGCUCUCCAGCCUGGGGGAAUGGCCACUUCCUCCCCAGGGACCACAGCCCCGGGUGCUUCACGGAAGAAGGAGGCAGCAGGCCAGCUGGGCGGGAUCCCGUAGAGCGGGAAUUGCAGGGCCCUGCCAGCCUCCUCCGAAGCAGAGGGCAGAGCCCUGUGUCCCCUGAGACCUCCUGCUUCUCUACCCUGCACAACUGGUAUGGCCAGGAGAUUGUGGCGCUGAGACACAGGUGGCAGCAGAGGGUGCAAGGUAGCCAGCCAGAACAUGAGCGACAGGACAGGCCCUGAACCUUUCAAGCUGUGGCCCUGUCCUGCUGGUUAGGACACUGUGGCCCAUCCAUCUUCCUUCCUUCCUUCUUUUCUUUCUUUGAGUUGGUAC